AUGCCCAUCCUCACCAGCUCCAGGCCAGGAGACUUCGUGGGCAGGGGCACGCAGAGCGCUGAGGCCGUCGCCGAGCCCGUGGCAUCCCCGGGCAGCCCCUGCAGCCUCCUGGUCUGGCUUCUGCUCCUUCAGCGCUGGCUCAGGGAGGCCCCAGCGGGUGGGUUCUCCUUGCUACCUGUCCUCACCCCAUCGUGUGGCCAAGUGUUCCUGAAAAUCGUGGGAGGAAAUCAGAGUGAAGAAGGGAAGUGGCCCUGGCAGGUGAGCCUGAGGGUCAGUGGCAGCGUGUGCGGAGGUUCCCUCAUCUCAGCUCAGUGGCUGCUGACUGCAGCCCACUGUAUUUUAAGCUGUUACCGCUGCAGUGUCAUGAUGGGAGAUCGGAGUGUCUGUGGUGAAAUCUCAGGGUUGGUGGUUCCUAUCAGCCGAGUCGUUGUUCACCCUCAGUUCUCAACACGUGGAACUGUUAAAUAUGACCUUGCUCUUCUCCAGCUCUUCUACCCUGUAAAUUUCACUGGGGUCAUCCAGCCUAUAUGCAUCCCUGAGAAGACUUUCCAGGUGGAAGCUGGGACCAGGUGCUGGGUGACUGGAUGGGGCAAGCAACAAGAAUUCGGUGGCCCAUUUGUCUCGGUCUUUCUCUGGGAGAUAGACCAAUAUAUCAUCUACUAUGAAGAAUGUAAUGGGAUGAUCCAGAAGGCCAUGCCAGCAGAUAAGGAUGUAGUACUGGAAGGAAUGCUGUGUGGCUAUAAUAGUAUAGGAAACGAUUCUUGUCAGUUAAGUUCAUGGGGAGAUUCUGGAGGUCCCCUGGUCUGUCAGUUUACUGACUCAUGGGUCCAGGGGGGGAUUGUGAGCUGGGGUGUUCACUGUGGUCACACUGUGGUCACAUAGAAUUGCCUGCAGUUUAUACAGAAGUUAGUUACUACAAAGACUGGGUCAUUGAUCACAUCAUUAAGGUGUCCUCUUGUGGACAGCAGGGUUCUUUAUCCUAACGCUGUGUCUGGUGCUGCCUCUGGGCAUCCUGGUGACCCCGUGAUCACCCUGGCCCACGCUCCCUCCUGUUUCUGAGUCUCACACUAGCCGUGCAUCUGACCUUCCACUCCUACUCAAUGCACUUUCCUCAAACCUGUUUGGGAUUCACUGACCCUGUGGAGAUCCACAUGACAGAGAGUGGCAGCAAGAAAGGAACCCUGGGAGUUUUCCAGUCUGGUGCUCAAGGAACCGGACUCAUCCACACCUACACCAUGACUGUGCUCCACAUGCUGGAAACAAGUCGGUGAAACCAUCCCAACUGGAUGGCCAGUGACCUGCCAGGUGAUGCUUCAUGAUGCUUCGGCCACAUCUUGGAGAACAUCUAGCAAAGAAGGGACAUCAUCACCGGUGAAACAGUGUUAGACCUGACACUUUAUCAAACCAGUCCACUUGGUGAUUGUUGGGAGAGAGUGAGGAGGCAUCACCAUGUCCACAUCUGACUCAGCUGUCUGGGUUGGGAGAAGGUCCCCGGCUGCCCAGUGCGGAUGCAUCUGUGAAUGUCCAGCGUCUGCCACACAAGCCUUGCUGGGGCAACUCAGUCUAGGAACCCCCUUCCCAGUGCUCCAGUGGCCACAUUCAGGCUCACCCCAAGUUGUGUUGAGGCAGUUAUGGAGUAUGGAGAUUUCUGAUGUCAACUGAAUAAAUGUUUGGUUUGUU